AAUAAGGAAUAACCGAUUCGCUUUAACCUUUUGUUCUUUUUCGGUUUUCAGUUUCACAGAACACAAAGUUUGCAAAAACAUUCCAGGAAGCAUGUCUCCAGUUUCUCUCAAAGGUCCUUGUCGCUAAGUGGACAAUAUCACAAGGUAACGGCUUUCUGAGUGGAGCGCCUGAUUUGGGUUGGUGGGUCAUCCUCAAGUUUGAAUUUUGUUCAUUUUUCUCUGGUCGAUUCAGAAGGUUGAGUUGCAGAGAGAGAGUGACAGUGGGGGCUGCUUGGUGGGAAGGUUAUGGCCUUUUGCCCAAUCUUUUGUUGUGGAAAUGCUUCGGAUCGCAAAACAAGGGGGAAGAAACAACCUCCAUGGCGUGUGUUUUCUUUGAAGGAAUUACACUCAGCUACAAAUAAUUUCAACUAUGAUAACAAGCUCGGCGAAGGGGGUUUCGGCAGUGUGUACUGGGGCCAGCUUUGGGAUGGAUCGCAAAUUGCAGUGAAAAGAUUGAAAGUUUGGAGCAACAAAGCAGACAUGGAAUUUGCUGUUGAAGUUGAGAUAUUGGCAAGAGUACGACACAAGAAUCUUCUUAGUCUACGUGGCUAUUGUGCUGAAGGUCAGGAACGGUUAAUCGUGUACGAUUACAUGCCGAAUUUGAGCCUGCUCUCUCAUCUUCAUGGACAGCACUCAGCCGAAAGCCUUCUUGAUUGGAACCGACGGAUGAAUAUUGCAAUUGGAUCUGCUGAGGGAAUCGCAUAUCUUCACCACCAAUCAACGCCACACAUCAUCCACAGAGAUAUUAAGGCAAGUAACGUGUUGUUGGAUUCAGAUUUUCAAGCACGGGUUGCUGAUUUUGGUUUUGCUAAGUUGAUCCCUGAUGGAGCAACACAUGUGACUACAAGAGUUAAGGGAACCCUUGGCUAUCUUGCACCCGAAUAUGCCAUGUUAGGUAAAGCAAAUGAGAGUUGCGAUGUCUACAGUUUUGGAAUUCUCCUUCUAGAACUUGCUAGUGGGAAAAAACCACUUGAAAAACUUAGUUCUGCACUGAAGCGAUCAAUAAAUGAUUGGGCACUUCCAUUGGCUUGUGAGAAAAAAUUUAGUGAACUUGCAGAUCCAAGACUUGAUGGUAACUAUGUCGAAGAAGAGCUCAAAAGGCUUAUUUUAGUUGCUCUCGUGUGUGCCCAGAGUCAGCCUGAAAAGAGACCCACCAUCCUUGAGGUGGUAGAGUUACUGAAGGGUGAAUCCAAAGAUAAGUUUGCUCAGCUAGAAAAUAAUGAACUCUUUCAAAACCCUCCUGCUGUAGGACAUGAUGAUGGGACCUCAGCUGCUGAUGCCAGUUCAGAUUUAAUCUCAGAAGAGAAAGAAUCAAAACAUGAGUUGGAAUAGAAUAGAGAGCCAUGAAGUGUGCAAGAAAGAUGAAACUUUGGAUUUCAUAUGUUAAAUACAGAUUGUGAAUUUUCGGGAUUGCUUUUUUGUAUUAUUUUUAAUAUUGGUUUGUGCAGGGAAACACUUGGCGCCUAUUUAUUGGGGCAGCGGCUGCAUGUUUGGCUUAGCCAUACAAUGAAUGUGGCUAUGAACCAUGCAAAAUUGCUGAAGGCCUGAAACUAGGAAUUCGAUAUUUUAAAUACAGAUUGUGAAGUUUUCUGAAA